AUGUCGAAGAAGAUGUCGAAGAAGAUCACCUUGAAGAGCUCCGAUGGCAAGCCUUUUGAGGUUGACGAGGCAGUGGCGCUUCAGUCUCAGACUAUUAAACAUAUGAUCGAGGUCGAUUGUGCCGACGGUGACAUCCCUCUGCCUAAUGUGACCAGCAAGAUCUUGGCUAAGGUCAUCGAAUACUGCAAGAAGCACGUCGAUGAUGCCAAUUCUGAGGAGAAAAUCUCCGAAGAUGAUCUCAGGGCUUGGGAUGCUGAUUUCGUCAGGGUUGACCAGGCCACGCUCUUCGAUCUCAUUCUGGCCGCAAACUACUUGAACAUCAAGAGCCUGCUGGAUCUUACAUGCCAGGAGGUAGCGGACAUGAUCAAGGGACAGACUCCUGAGGAACUUCGCAAGACCUUUAAUGUUAACAAUACUCCUGACGAUGAGGAAGAAGUCCGCCGUGAAAACCAAUGGGCAUUUGAAUGAGUGAUGAUGUAUUAAGCUUUCUGAAGUUUCAAUAACUUGCUAUGGUUGUUUAUGAUAUA